AUGAUCGACCUGAACAACAAACAAUGGCAUCGCGAUUCCUCCCACAGCAAAUUCCUCAUCUCCACGCAAAAAGCCCUCCUAGACCACUCGUUCAUCAAUACCGCCUUCGCCACCAAAGAAAUGUUCUGGGCCAAACCCCUGAAUUCCGAAGACCUAUCCCUCAUGCUGGAUAACUCGGUCACAGCUGCAAUCUACGAAAUCACCCCCUCGAUUCAUCCCGCAACAAGCAUAGACGAACCCUCCACACCACGCGAGGGUUCACCUGCACUGGAAGCUCAACAAAUGUACAAGCAGAUAGGAAUGGCACGGUUGAUGACCGACCACGUCACCUUCGCUUACCUCUCAGACGUCUAUAUUGCGCCUGAGCAUCGGGGACUUGGGCUAGCGAAAUGGCUGAUAGGCUGUAUCAAGGAGCUAGUUGGCAUGCAUCCCGCUCUGAGAAGACUCAUGCUGUUCACUGGGGAGGAGAAGUUGCAGGCCUUUUAUGAGAGAGAGCUAGGGGUGUAUGUUAUGGCGGAACGGGAGAGUACGAUUGUUAUGAGCUCGAAUCAUUUUUCAUGA